AGAGAAGAAGAUGAUUAGAGCCCUGAGCACGAGGAAGGACCGAGGCGGCUACAAGAAGCUCGGUGGUGAGAAAGAAGCAGAAGAAGAAGCAGCAGGCGUUAGGCUUUUAGAAGGGAAAGUGCAGAGAGUUCCAGCGGUGGUGAAGAAACCGGUGGAGAAAACUGGCGUUUCAGUUCACCCGCUUUUGAGUUUCUUCGAUGUUGGUGGAUCACAGAGGAAGAAGAACAAGACAAAAAACAAGAAGAAGAGUGCAACGACAGCGAAACCAGAGUUCUCAAGGUACUUGGAGUAUGUGAAAGAAGGAGGAGUUUGGGAUGCCACUUCAAAUGGACCUGUCAUAUAUUACAAAUAGUUUGUGAUCAAAGUGGAACGAUCGUCUCUAAGGUCAUACUGUUGCUCUCUUUUCUUGUGUGGAUGGAUCCAUGUAUUAAAUUUUAAUAAAGAUCAAUCAGCUAAGCUUCACAAAAUAA